AUGACUCACACUUUCGACACCAAGCAUGUCUUGCGGGCGAUCCCGCUCGUUUGCUCUUUCAUGGCCUUCAUCCUGGUGAUGUUGGCACUCUUUGCAGGCAACAAACCCGGGGUCCUGGAAGGCCACGAGAUCAUUACAGUUGAUGCUUCCCACCUAGGUACAAACCUCGGCAACAAGGUCAAAGCCAACGCCCUCCCAGCGCCCCAACCAAACGUUGGUGAGAGAAGCGGCGUCCAGGUUCGCAGUGGCAUCGACGACGACAUUACAAAGGGGGUAGGGGGGAACGCCCACACGGGCACUUUCUACUCCCUCUACGCCCUGACAAUUUGCGAAGGCAGGCUCACAGCCGAUAACGGCCGCAAACUAACCCAAUGCUAUGCCUAUUUUUCCAGCUCCGACCAAAUCGCCACCAUCCCCGCCCUGCUCAGCGCCCGCGACGACGACGACGACGACGACGACGACGGCACCACCGCCCGCUCGCGCAGCAACAGCCAGACCCUAACGGCAGUCGGGCUAACCUACAAACUCGAAGCCGCGCUCUGCGGGCUGGACACGCUGGUGCGGGCGGUCGGGGUGCUGCUGGCGAUCGGGGCCGGGUUCACGGGCUUGUCCUUCUUCGCCAACCUGCCGGCCAUGGCCAUCAGCUCCGAGGAGUACACGCACGCCGAGACGGCCUACGACUGGGCCGUGUGGACCAACCUGACCUUUGCGUCGGGGGCGGCGCUGUUUUUGAUGUUGGGGAGCUUCGUCUCUUGUAUAGGGGCCCGCACUGCCGCGAUCAAGAUUGGCGAGAUUGGUGUGGAGGCCGGGGUGACGGCGAUGGCGGGGGAGAGUUGGACUGGGUUGUCGUUGGGCACGGCGAUGCUGAUGUGCGUGGUGCUGGUGUAUUGGACGUCCAGGGGCGUGUCCUUGCGGAAGAGGGAGAAGAGGGGGGAGAGGAGGACGAAGCGGCGGGAUGUGGAAGAGAGGGGUCGGAGGUCAGAGCCGCCGAGAACGCCACCCAAGAUGGAUUACGACGACCAUUCGCAAAGGGAAGACUCGUCGCCGUCGCCGAAAUCUCGCGAUCGGUCGAGGGACAAGCGGCGAACAUACGUUCCAACGGGCGCUAAAAAGUAAGAGCCUGCAGGCAAGCUUACCAUCAUCAAGCGACUCGGGCCAGGGCUGAUUCUCUCUGCAGCCAGGA